GUGUUGUGGGCAUGCGCAGUGGGUGUCCCGUCGCCAACACCCAGCGGCUGAGAAUUGUAGCUGGGGGCGCGGCGGCUGUGGGAGCCUGUUGUCGGAGGGGGAGGAGGUGCAGGAGCAGGAAGCCGAGGAGGGUGCGGUGACUGCUUAGAAAACUUAUAGCCCACCAACAUCUGAUGAAAUCAGUGACUAAGCAGAUCAACCAUGUCUUACACGCCAGGAACCAUUGGUGACCCCACUCAGCUGGCCCAGCGUAUCUCUUCCAACAUCCAGAAGAUCACACAAUGUUCUGUGGAAAUACAGAGGACACUGAAUCAACUUGGAACACCUCAAGAUACUCCUGAAUUGAGGCAACAGCUGCAACAGAAGCAGCAGUAUACUAACCAACUUGCUAAAGAAACAGAUAAGUACAUUAAAGAGUUUGGAUCUCUGCCCACCACCCCCAGUGAACAGCGUCAAAGGAAAAUACAGAAGGACCGCUUAGUGGCUGAGUUCACGACCUCACUGACAAACUUUCAGAAGGUCCAGAGGCAAGCUGCUGAGAAAGAGAAAGACUUUGUGGCCCGAGUGAGAGCCAGUUCCAGGGUAUCUGGUGGUUUUCCUGAGGAGAGCUCAAAAGACAGGAAUCUUGUAUCGUGGGAAAGCCAAACUCAAUCUCAAGUGCAAGUGCAAGAUGACGAAAUUACAGAGGAUGACCUCCGCCUUAUCCAUGAGAGAGAGUCUUCUAUUAGGCAACUUGAAGCUGAUAUUAUGGAUAUUAAUGAAAUAUUUAAAGAUUUGGGAAUGAUGAUUCAUGAGCAAGGAGAUGUGAUAGAUAGCAUAGAAGCCAACGUCGAGAAUGCAGAGGUGCAUGUUCAGCAAGCAAACCAGCAGCUGUCGAGGGCAUCAGAUUAUCAGCGCAAAUCCAGAAAAACCAUCUGCAUCAUCAUUUCUCUCCUUGUCAUCGGAGUUGUAAUUAUUGGUGUCAUAUGGGCAGUGAAAGGCUAAAAUUAUGAAGGAGCACAGUGUUGCACUGCGUUAUCUAAAUUAUGUAGGAAAGCUCCUGCAAUCAUGUUUUUUUACUAUUAUUUUAAAGGUGUUGCAUAAAGGAUGGCUCCCAAACUUUUUAUUUGGGGGGAAUUUUCCUUUGGAUCAAAUAAGAUAUUUCCUAAUACUGAAAGUUUUUCUAAAUAUCAGUGCUGGCAUAACUUCCAUGAUUUUUGGUCUAAUAACUUAAUUUUUGCCCACAUUGUAUGUGUCUUUCAUGUAUAAUUUAUUUAUCCUGUUGACUUCAUUUUUGGAAUUAAUAAAUUAAAGGUGUGUGUGUGUGUGUUCUGUGGGCAUCUGUCUCUCUUGUCACAAUGUAACAUGCACCCAGACUUGUGUUACUUCAAUUAAAAAUCACAAAUUUAAUUUGGAUUAGGGCCAGCAGAGGAAAUAUUCUCAAUAACUUAAAACAAAUUGACCUGCUUCUGUUGGCUUUUUUAUUUUUUUCUGGUUUAUACCAGCACAGAUUAUCUAUUCAACUUUUACUGUUGUCUUCUCUUAAGACCCUUGAUUACUCUGAAUGAAGUCAGUGAAAAAUUUCCUACUAUGUUUCAAAUACCUGAUGUGUAUAUAUUAAGCAUUUGCUGUAGAUUGCCUGGUGAAAUAGUAAGGGUAGAUUGUUUUUACAUAGGCUCUGUUUAAAUCUGACAUUUACUGAAGAAUGUGUAGUCACUUUAAAUGUUUGAUAUGAUUUGGAAGGAGAGUAUGACAAAUCAAUACCUAUUGUGCUGGAAUUCUAAAGAUCCCAACCUGUUACUCUGCUGUGCAUUUCCACAGCUGUUAAAAUGGAAAUUAAUGAUCUUGCCUUACAUCCUGUAGAACAAUGGUCACAUUUGUAUCCUGAGGUCAAAAUUAUUGGGGAGGUAACUGUUCCACAAUUAAUGUUUUUCGGCACCCAGCACUUAAAAUACAGUGUUUAUUUUGUACCAUCUUCACUGGAAAAAAAUGGUGUUUGCCAAUUAACUCACUUGCCUUUUUUAAGUCAAUGUUGUUUUAAUGCACUAAUCUGAAUACUGUAAAGAGGAUUAUCUUAGUUUAUAGUUUGUAUUUCAUAAUGUUCUUAUAUAGCAAAAUCAGUGUUUUAUAUGGCAAGCUAUGAGCUUCAAAUAGGAACAAUAAACAAACAUCUAAAUAGGUGUGUGGGUGAUGGGUGAUGCAGGGAGAACUCAUACUUUCCAUCUGUUCUGAAGUCAGUGCGAGCCCACCAGGCUCUUUGUAAAUGCAGAAAAGCCUGCUGUUUCAUGUCACACACCAGUAUCUCAUGGCUAUGGAGGUCCCAAUGGCUUUCACAGGUCACUUCAGUUGUGUGUUUUUUGGGGGUUUCUUGGGGGUUUUUUUUUUGCCACAGUUGUACUUGAUAAAUGUUGUUAUCAUAAAGACAAAUGCAUUUACCUUUAUUUAUUUUAUGGUAAGUUCCCAAGAACAGCAAAAGCACUUAAUUUUUUGGCAUGAUGUGAGCACCAUUAUUUAAAGUGUAAUAAUUUAUAAGUGAUUUUAACUGGGACACAAAUCAGUGACUAAAACCAGGAACUUGCAUUCUUUUAAGAAUCAUUAAUUUUGAAGGGGGACAUUUGCACAGAAUAUUUGGAACAGAAAGAAUAGUUUUGAUUAGAAAAAAAACAAAAAACCAUUGCAGUCACCAAAAUUUUAAAAUUCUUGAAGUAUUCCUUUAGGUUUUAAAAUCACUUUGAAAGGUGGCAAAGCUUACACUAUAGAAAAUAAAAUUAGAGUUGUUUUAAUGACUGUCAACAUAUCGGAAUUGUUUGAGGCAAACUGAGUCUCAAACUGAAUAAAUUUCCUUAUCAAAUGACACAUAUUGUUCACUUCAGUGUCCUCCAAAGACAGGCUGGAUGAUGCAGACUGAGGUUAACCAGCUUCUGUUCUCAAGCUGAAUGGCAGUGUGGCAUGAAUUAUUUGGCCAUUGUAUUGGUUAUUAAAUAUUAUGAAAAUGUUUUGGUUUUGCACAGUGAUUGAUGGGAAAAGAGUAAUUGGUGUCAUUUCAACAUAAUGCAGGUUGUUUUUUAGUGGGCGUGGGGUCACUCCAACAAUAUGUCGAUAUGGAUACAGAUGGAACUCAACCUAGGACAGCAAACCUUGGGCACAGCAUCUGGAGUCAGGCCACUGAGCAUGCCCAGUUCCCAUGGCAGCAUCUGCAUCAUUGACUGAGAUCAUGCUCCGUGGAAAGGUUGCCACUGAGUCCUAUGGGGUCUUCACUGCUUUUGUUAAAAAUGGCAAAAUUUUCUACACAAUAAAGUGUUUUGAACACCAGUCUUUUUAGACAAAUUUAUAAUGAAGAAAGAAAUGACUUUUGAAGACUUCUUGUUCCACAAAAUUAGUCUGUAGUUUAGCAAGAAAAGUGCAGAAUAGCUUUUAUAGUUGGUAUAAUUUUUGUUCCUUUAGUAGAAAAAAGAAUGUUCUAAUAAAAGAUAAAAUCUGUGUAAAAAAAAGUCAUUGUCCACCAUUUAAUAAUAAAGAGCAAUUCACAAGAGUAA